AUGAGAAACCACUCUAUGAUUACUGAGUUUGUACUCUUGGGUAUAUCAGACACACCAGAACUUCAGGUUGUAAUUUUCAUUUUUUUAUUCAUAGCUUAUAUAUUAAGUGUAUGUGGAAACCUAAGCAUCAUCACACUUACUUUGCUUGACUCUCAGUUAAAGACUCCUAUGUAUUUUUUCCUCCAGAACUUCUCCUUCCUAGAAAUUAUGUUCACCAGUGUUUCCAUCCCUAGAUUUUUGGGGUCAAUAAUUACUAAAGUCAAGACUAUUUCCUAUAAUAAUUGUUUGGCUCAGUUAUUUUUCUUAAUCUCCAUGGGUGUUUCUGAGUUCUUUCUUCUAACUGCUAUGUCUUAUGAUCGCUAUGUCGCCAUCUGCAAACCACUGCAUUACACCACCAUCAUGAACCAGAAAGUUUGCACCCUUCUUGUUCUCACUGCAUGGCUGGGAGGAUUUCUGUUCAUCUUCCCAUUAGUCAUACUGGUCCUCAAGUUAGACUUCUGUGCUUCUAAUGUCAUCGAUCAUUUCUGCUGUGACUACUUCCCCAUCUUACAGCUCUCCUGCUCAGAUACAAGGCUUUUAGAGGCAUUUGGCCUUUAUGUUGCCUCCAUCACUCUGCUGUUCACACUGGCUCUAGUGAUCCUGUCAUACAUCUGCAUCAUCAGCACUAUUCUGAGGUCUCCAUCUGCCAGUCAGAGGAAAAAGGCUUUCUCCACCUGUUCCUCUCACAUGAUUGUCAUCUCCAUCUCUUAUGGAAGCUGCAUUUUCAUGUAUGUCAAACCUUCUGCCAAUGAAAGGGCAUCACUGACCAAAGGUGUGGCUGUUCUCAACACUUCAAUUGCUCCCAUGUUGAACCCUUUUAUUUACACAUUGAGAAAUCAACAAGUAAAACAAGCCUUCAAGGAUUUGAUUAAUAAAGUAAUGUUUCAUAGAGACAAAUGAAAAUACAGGUUAGCUUGAAUGUCAUUAUACCCCUCCAAAAAGGAGGGAUGAAACUUUGUAU